AUGACCAAGAACGAACGAACAACUGAAAGUGCUGCUAGGGCAUUGCUAAAGACGAAAAAAUCGAAGAUAGCUGAAGUCUCUGGCGGAAAAUCACAUACCCCGCGCAACGAGGUGGCGAUGAAGCAAUCUUCAGGAAACCAAGCUGCUAAAAAGGCCAGUGAAGACGCUGAACAUCAGAAGUUUGCAGAGGCUGUGAAGCAGCAAAGUAGACUGGCUGAAGAGGCGUUUGAUCGGCAUGUGGCUAAGAUGAUUAACGAGUUCAGAUUAGAGCAAAGGGGCGGAUUUCAGGAAGGUGUAAAUGCUAUCUUGUCACACGACAGUUCCGUCGGACGCGUGGCCCAGCAACAAAAUGUACUUGAGACAAACAUUAUCAACAAAAAUGCCCAAGAAGUUAUUGGGAACACGACCAAGCUACUAGGUCUUUACAAAGAUAUCGAGGAAUGCGUUCAAGACGCUAAGAAGAAGCUUAACUCUUUAGCCAACGGAGGUUUUCAGAACGAGAUACAGAAAGUGGGUCAGAUUAUCGACAUCCAAGAACGUAAGACGAGUCAAGAUAUUGCAGCCCUCCUCAAUGGGAAAGAAUCGGACACACAGGCGAAGACGAACGACGAGGAGAGAGAAGCGCAAGAGUUAUGGGAUUGCUACGCCAACCCAAAGCGGAAAGACCCCGAGGAACGGAAUAUAGGGGAAGAAGAUGGCUGGGUACAAGUCGUCAAGCGUGCGGAAAAAGAUGUGAGAAAUCUAGUCAGGCAUCUAUCGGAUCACGAAAGCGAUAAUGACGAUGCAUAA